CUCCCGCGGCUGUGAGCUCGCGCAGUUUGCGGCUGCUCCGAGAGUCAGGUGAGGCGGAAGUGAAGAGGAGCGGAGAGAGGCUCGCGCGGCUCACCUGUCGGCAGGUAGACAUCUAGAGGAGCAGCAGGGGAAGGAGAACAUGAGCAACCCCAUCCCGUCCAACCUCAAGUCCGAGGCCAAGAAAGCCGCCAAGAUCCUGAGAGAGUUCACCGAGAUCUCCAACCGGAACGGACCGGACAAGCUCAUCCCCGCUCAUGUCAUCGCCAAGGCCGAGGGUUUGGCCAUCAUCUCCGUCAUCAAGGCCGGGUUCAUGAUCACCGCCAGAGGAGGCAGCGGCAUCGUCAUCGCCAGACUCCCCGACAGACGGUGGUCGGCACCUUCGGCCAUCGGCAUCGCUGGUCUGGGCGGAGGCUUCGAGAUCGGCGUGGAGGUAUCUGACCUGGUGAUCAUCCUGAACCAGCGCCGGGCCAUCGAGGCGUUCACAAAGGGCGGGAACCUGACGCUGGGUGGGAACUGCACGGUGGCGGUGGGGCCGAUGGGCCGGAACGUGGAGGCUGACGUGGCUCUGCGCAGCACGGCGGCAGUCUUCACCUACUGCAGGUCCAGAGGGUUGUUUGCUGGGAUUUCUCUGGAGGGAUCCUACCUGAUCGAACGCAAAGAGACCAACCGCAAGUUCUAUGGCCAGGACAUCCGAGCGUCGGCCAUUCUGAACGGAGACGUGGAGCUGCCGUCGGAGUGCUACGACCUCUACCACAUCCUGGAUGCCUACGCCGAGGCCUACACCGCAGACUGGACCAGCAAGAACCCCAGGGUGAAGUCGGUUCCUCCGUCCAGACCUCCAGCUCCUCCACAGCAGAGACCUCCCAGCAGCUUCCAGCAGCCGGCCGCCGGAGCAGCAAGCAAAAACUCCCUCUACCCGAGCAUCUCCAUCUACAAAUCUGAAACCCCUGGUCAGUUCGUCUCCAGAAAUUCUCAGAACUCCAGUGGAGCGUCGUCAGUGGGCGGAGCAACCGGCCAGCUGGUCGUCACGGCAACCCACCCGUUCACGGGGCAGCAGCCCGGCGACCUGAGCUUCGUCCCCGGCGACCGGAUCACCGUCAUCACCAAGACCGAGUCCCAGUACGACUGGUGGGAGGGCCGGCUGGAGGACGGACGCGUCGGCAUCUUCCCCGCAAACUUUGUCUCAUUCUGACAGCGUGGCCCGGUGGAGGAACUGCAGCCGAACAAAUACCAAACAAACACCGCAAGACUUCUGGUAACGAGUUUAAGAUUUAAAACUAAAUUCACCUGCAUCUGUUGAGAGAAUUAUUUAGUAGAUUUAGUUGUUAUCAUUGAAGAAAAACACAUUUUUUAAAAUCAUUAUUUACAAAAAUUUGUUUAAAACAGUAAAUGUUCACGAGUUUCUAAACAAAGCCUUAAAUAUUGCCUGAAAGUGUGUAAAUAUUUGCAUGAAUUAACAAACGUGAUGCUAAUUAUUCACUAAAACUUCUAGUAGAUGGUUGUAAAUGUGAUCAUUUCUAGGUUGGAGACAAAACACAUUUGAUGGAGUUUUUAAUGUUACAGACCAAAUCCACAGGUGACAAAUUUAGUCAUUUCCUAGAAAGAACCAUGUAAUUUGGUACAAAAUUCAGAGACAUUUUGAGUUACAGCUUCAAUUAAACCAAAGCAAAUAUUGUUAUUAUAAAUUUACCACCAGAAACAUCACUUUGUCAUUUAUUACUAAUUUAAUAGAGCUGUAUUUACACAGAUCUGACAUUUCUACAUAUUCAGUACCAACCAGAAGACUCUGGAGCUACGUUAGCUUCAAAAGAAUCAGAUUACAUUUAGUUAUUUCUGAUGUUAGUUCAUUUAAAACCAACAGUUUCACUUGGAUUUAGUUACGUUAAUAUUAAAAAAGAUGCAAAAAGCUGAAAAUAUUUCAACUUCACAACAAAGUUCACAGCUGUUUGUUAUUUACAAAUGAUGAUGACAUAAAGACGUUUACAGCCUGAUGAAGGUUUCUGGAGAGAAUUUACCUUAAAUAUCAGAGAAAAUAUUCUCUUUUUCUUUCCUGUAUUUUCAGAUAUGUUGACAUAAAACAGUAUUUCAGUCUUCUGUUACCUUUAAAAAGUUGUUUAUUGACUCUUUUCUCUGUAGUUUUUAUGUAACAGUGGUUUUUAAAUGGCAGUGGGACUAUUCUGUCAUGAAAACAAUAAUGUGGUGUUUGGGGGAUGUUUGGAGAUCACGAAUAAAUCAAAUUUAUGAAAA